GGCUCCAUCGCGACGCCAAUAUAGUAUUCUAAUUAUAGUAUGAAUUAGGAAUUCCAGGAUUAACGCAAUUGAAUUAAGAAGACACAGGCACAACGAAUGUACUGUAUUUAGAAUUCGAAAUCGAGCAUUCAACAAGUACAAAAGAAUCAUUAGUUAAUUCAAACACCACAAAUAUCCAAUUCACCAAGAUUUACUUGUACAAUAACAGAACUUCAGUGACAAGCAACGUUCUAAUCACUUGAGUUUUAAAGUUGUGUUUUUUUAAUGCUUCUUAAACGUCUGUGACGUAGAAUGCUCAAACGUACAGUCAUAUUGCAAAGAGUAGAUAACUGUAUCUACUAAACGAAAGGAAAGUGCUCAAAGCCGUAAUUGUAUUUUCUUAUAACACUUGUUCACUUUAUCAAUCAUACCAUGGAAAAGCCUUUGUUUAGCCACAUCGUUCACGUUUGUUAGAUGUUUCUCGCUGACGUUAACAGAUGAAAAUUGUGAUGUUAGUACACUUUCUAAAUAACAUAAACUAAAUGUGGUCUUAUUUUGUAUAGCUUCAUAGGAUCUGUACUUUGUAAUUCUGUGUUUCGUAAUAGUAUCCAUAUACGUAGUUCUGGUUUGUUGAAGUACAAUAUUAUAGACAUGAAGGACGUUUACGGAUAGUGAUACAUUAGUCUGAUGAUUAUUGCCAUCUAAAUAAUAGAUAAACUGUAAACUAGAUUGGCUUAAAUACAAAUUAAUUACUUGCAGCUUGUUGCUGAGUAAACAUAUUUAAAGCUUGCAGCUCAUCUUCAGUUGACGAAGGGAAGACCAACUGUUCUAUGUGGUGAAUCUUAUGUUCUUCAACAACGCUUGUCUAAUAUGACCCUAUAUAUACCUAUGAAUCCAUCUCGAGAAUGGACUCUCAAUAAAACUCAUGUUAAAGUUGCUUUAAGACGAUAUGGUUUCGCAAUAAAGGAACAUUAUAUCACAUUACCAAAAGAAGAAAUAACUUCAAAAAAUUCUACAUCUUCAUUUAAAAUUAGCGUUAAUAUUGAUGAUAUUGUCAAUGUUGUUGUUCCAUGUUCAAUAUUUCUUUAUCAAAAGUUGGAUAAAGGAAUGUGUACUCAACCGCCAACAAAUGUUUUUAGAAAAAUUAAAAUUGAAGAUUGGACUGCAGAUUUUUCUGAAACUGAUAUUUUAAAGAAAAUUGGUAAUAGUCGUCGAUUCUUUUCGUAUUUCAAACGUCAAGCAUAUGAACCAACUAAAAUUAAACAACUUGAUGACUCUAGUAUAGGGUUUAUGUUAUCUGAUUUAAAUCAUAAUGGUAGAGUUGCAUUAGCUCACUUUGAUCAUUACUACAGUGAAGCUUAUGGACCAGUUGCUUGGCGUUCAAUGCGUAUAGCUUUAUUAAUGCCAUCUAAAAAAGCUAUUCUCUAUAAUCGUUAUUUUCCCAAUGUUAGUGAAACAAUUUCAUCAUCAUAUAAUAAUGAUGAUAAUCAGUCAUUUUUACCAAACAUAAACUUUAUGCAAACAUUAAUUAAACAUCAAAACUCUUUGACAAAUAAUGUAUUCAAUGCUGAUAAGAAUCCGAAUAUUAUUGAUAAGGUUAUCAAUGUAACGCAAUCUGAUGCACGUCGUAGACAAUUUUUAACACGUUACAGCCCAUCAGAUGAAACUAUGGAUACAACUAAUCUCAAUGAAUUUAUACCAUCAACUGAAUUAAUUAGUGAAAAUGAAAUGUAUACAAGAGAAUGUGAUACAGACUUUACAUUUUAUUCUAAAGAUUAUUAUGGUAUGAUUAAAGCAGAUGAAGGGGAUUCAUCUGAUUUACAGUCAUUGAAAGUGUUAACUGAAGAAUUUUAUAUACCUGAGAAGUUAUGUAUUAAAUGUUCACCUCCUGGUAGAUUGGUUACAAUACCACAUCCAACUUAUUUAAAUGGACAAUUUAAUUUUCAUACAAUAGAUUUAAGCUCUGUUCUACCUAUUUUAGUAUUGAAUUUACAAAAAAAUGAUAAUAUGGUUAAUAUGUCUACAUUUUCUGGAACUAAAUCAGUUAUUGCAUUACAAACUGGUUUAUUAAAUCGUUUAUUAUGUGUGAUACGUACUCCAUCUCGUACUACUCAUGUUCAACAAAUGAUCAACACUUUUAAAUCGUCUGGAAUUAAUUCUAAAGAGAAUGAUAAACAAUACAAUAAUACUAAAAUAGACUUUGUUUACUCAAAUGAUGAAUUGGCUGGUUAUUUUUCUGAUAAUAUUGAUAAAGAUUAUAAAUUUAAUAAGAUUUUAGUCAAUGUUCCUUGUUCAGCCGAUCGUUACGCAAUCACAUCUGGUGGUACACAUGUUUUUGAAAUGGGACAAGCUCAUUUACGUGCUCAUUUACCGAAAAUUCAGUUAAAUCUUCUCCGUCAAGCGAUGGAAUUAUGUCAACCUAACGGUUAUGUUGUCUAUUCAACAUCAACAUUAUCACCAGGUCAAAAUCAAGAAAUUAUUCAAUCAUUUAUACUAAAUCAUUCAAAGAAUAUUAAUUUCACAUUGAUCAAUUUAAAACCAUUGUAUGAUUUAUUAACUGUUUGUUAUUCUAAAUUAGGUUUAAAAAUUAUUCCGAUUCAUUUACCUUUAUUUGAUAAUAUGAAUGAAAAUAAUCAUAAUACAAAUCUAUGUUCAAAUGAUACUUGUCAUGGUUUAUUAAUUAUUCCAUCGAUAUCGUGUAACUAUGGUCCAACUUUUAUUGUUAAAUUUAAACGCCUUCCUUAAUUGAUUUUUUUCAAUUGGAUAACUUUGUUACUAUGUAAAUUUGUUUAUGAUAUUUAUAAUUAUAUAUUUUAGUAAUA